AUGUCGACCCCAGUCCUCGCUCUGGCCGUAACAGCCGUCGCCGCACCAAUCAUAUCCAUUUCCGCCCUCCCACCUUCGCCCGACUCCAACGGCACGAAUAUCAACAAUGGAUCUUCGACAGACACCUCAACACGCUCAUACCCCCUCAGCGCGGUCGCACCAUUCAACUUCCUCCUCUUAACGCCGAUCUUCGGUCUCAUCUCCCUCGGACUGGGAGUUCUGGUUGGAAUGCUACUAUAUCGUCGGUGCAUGCGUCGAGGACGCGCUAAGGAGACUUCGAAUGCGGGGGGUGGAGAGGAGUACUCGAUCGGAUCGCGUCUCUUCCGGCACGGAGAGGACGGAGGGUUCGUCGUUGGGACGAAUUCAGAGGGCGACUCCCAGACGCCUACAUCGGAGAAGGCCGAGACAUCCACUCUUCUCGCUCGCCACAAGAGCAAGAAAGCCUCUGGAUCCAAACAGGGGGGUCCGCCCGUGUACGACCAAGACGACGCAUGGGACGCAAGCGACAUCAAAACGCCCCUCCUAACCGGCGCCACAUUCGCCUCCUCCUCCUCAUCCCAGUCCCAGUCCGAGUCGUACUGCGAAGAAGAAACGACUCUCCACGCCGUCGGAGCAGCAAGCCCCGCGAUGAUCGACACGCACAGCGCGGCGCUCUGGCUCGCUGCUACGCGCGGACACUCGUUGCCUGGCGGGAGAGACCUGGUUAUUUCGAGGCCGGUGUCGAAGAGCGGGACGGUCCUGGCGAGGUCGACGUCGGGGUCGAGUUAUGCGCCGACGCCGCGCCUGUUUGAGGGGGUGGAGGAUGUGCCGGAGCCGCCGUUUGAUUAUGAGAUUGCCGGGUUGUAUGAGGGGGAGGAGGGCUUUGCACGGUAG